AUGUACACCAUCAAGCAGACCCCUACUGCCCGGUUCUUGACGUUGCCGAUCAUCCUUGGCCUUAUAUACGCCUUCCUGCUUACUUCCGCUCUGGCGGAGAUACCAGAUACCUAUCAUACGUCCCGAUUCAGCUCCGACGAGAGAGUUGAUAACUCGGUUCGCAAGUAUGCGCAGAGCGCAGAGAAGGCUGGCUUCGAGUUGAAGAGAAAGCAAAGUGUGGGUGAAAGUCGAGGUUGGGCGAGUUUGGGUAGGAGACAAGAUGACGAGGGGCCAAAGGGGGUUGAUGAAGUCGUCGACAAGAAAUCCUAUUCGACCGCAACGACCCAAGCGAGCAAAGUCGCGACCCCAGGCAUCGAGAACUACCUCGCCGCUGAAGACCUUACCAUCCCCUCGAUUCCCGAACCUUCUUUCGGGACCUAUGAAUCUUUCUCUAAAUCGUCAGACACAAGCGGGGGAACAGCUUCUGUCACCUCUUCAACGACCUCUUCUGAGGCAGCGGGAUCAAGCACUUCGAGUUCGGCUUCGGCCACGAUGCCAGGAGGAUACGCUACCGCUACCGACUUUCCUCCUAUCACCAGCGAUGAGGGAGAGUCAUCGUCUGCUACAGCGCCAGGAGGAUAUGUCACUGCGACGGACUUCCCACCUGUCACGAGCGACGAGCCUACCUCGUCUUCUUCGUCUUCCGCUACGAUGCCAGGAGGAUACGUCACUGCCACCGAGUUUCCUCCUAUUACCAGCGAUCAGCCGACUUCGUCUUCGACCUCUGUCUCUUCGUCAUCUCAAUCGCAAGAACCGGCUCCAUCUCCGUCUGCACCUCCAACUUCGGAAUCAGCUCCUAGCCCUGAACCUACUCCUCAGCCGGCUUCUACAUCAGAAUCGGAGCAACCCCCUCCAGGACCCGUUGAGACCACCCUCAUCCCUCAAGGUUUCUCCUCCAUCCUCCCUGAUACCGUCGUCCUCACCGCAACAGCAAGCGCGAAAGCGACGAUUAAUACUCGAUCUAGCGCUGGUGGGGAUGGGGUGGUCAUGAUCACAGGAGGAACGGCUUCCAAGAGCACCUCCGCCGGCCCAAGCGGGUUUGUGACGAUCACGAGCACUGCCACCUCCAACGGAGCUGUUGUUACUAUGACGACUACCGGUGCAGUCAAAGGAGCGAUGAUAACAGCGGGAGCAAGCAAGACGCAUACGAUCGUUAUCAAUCCUUCUCAGGGGAUGAACAAGCUCAUCCCGUUCAUCCUCCAUGCAGAAGUGGGGGAGACGGUCGAGUUCUUGGAAUAUUCUUCUUCGUCCGCCGAUGCUCCUGAUUCGAGUCCAGAGGAGGCGGAAGAGGAAGCGAAGAAGUUGAAGGUCGUCCAAAUGGAGCUGGGUCAGUCUUGCAUACCGACUCUACUUGACCCAGUCUCCACCUCUGUCUCCUCCAACGGCACGACUACUUCUACGAUCGCCUCCAGCUCCGUGGCAGGCUCCAGCUUCGUGGUCAGUUCCCUCAAACCGAUGUUAUACGGUUCUGCCGACGAACGAGUCUGUGAAGGCGGGAUGGUCCUCCUGGUCAAUCCUCUUUCUGCGAACCCGGGGCAGAAAGAGGAACAGCAGGGACAAGAUAAAAAGGUCCUUGUCUUCUCUGAUGGGGUCAGGGUAGAUGGGACGGGGGUCAAGGACGUAUUGGACGUCUGGGCCGGAUUGACCCCAGAAAACGAACAAGCCUUGAAAUCCUUCCAAUCUUCCUCGGAGAUGCGUCCCGAGGCGUGGGCGUGGGGGGACGAGUUUGGGUUAGGUGGUCUGGAAGGGUUGAAAUUGGACGCGGUGGUCCAGAACAUCUUGUACACUCGGUUGACCCUGGCGCUCAACCCAAGCCUUUUGGAACUAUACUCCAACUCGACUUCCGCAACUAAUACUAACGCGACCUCGACCUCCUCCGGAGCGCUCACAGCGAUCACCGAGAUAACAGCUUACGAUUCCCUCUUAUCCACUCUCGGUUCAACGUCGACUUCAGAGGUCUAUGGAGGAAACGCUGCAGGUACAGGGACAAGCCUUCCGGCGGGGAACCAUCAUCCGAACGGGGCGCCAGAGGAGUUGGUGUUCUCAUACUCGGAAUGA